AUGAGUUCUGAGGUGGACUCGAUCAUCGUCGUCACCAUGGCUGAAGACUGUGGCCAGCUCACAAUCCGAAAUAUCCAAGUUGAGGAGGUGGAGUCUUGGCUUGAUUUUGUAUCCUCCAUGUUUGCCUUCAAGGGUGUGCUGAGAGAUCAUUUCGCCAAGCACUAUCACAAUGAUCCAUGGAGGAACAGCGACACUAUCUUCGUAGCUCAAGAUCAACCUGAAGCUUCUCAGCGAUCUUGCGAAGAGAUGUACUCGAGCACCCUGCGCAUAUUUCAGAGAAGAAUCUACUCGCAAGCUGAUCAGCUGAGAUGUGGAGGAGUUGGUGAAGUCUGCACGCGUCCGGAUCGAAGGAAGCAAGGGUUGUGCAGAAAGCUCCUGACCUAUGCUGAGGGUCAGACGGACUUCCAACUGUUGAGCCUCCACACGUCCAGCAUGUCGGCGGUGUAUCGAUCCUGUGGGUUCCAGUCUGUACCCCUGGCGUUCAAGAACGUCACCGUGCGAGCAAAGCGCUACAUUGACUUCCAUGGCAUCCUGGACGAAGCAGAGCUGGAGGGAGUCUCUCAAGACCUUGUCGGAGCUGUCCCCCUCUUCUAUCGCGUCACUCCGGCAGACUUGCAAGAUGAGGCGACGGUGAAGCUGCUCAUGAGGAUGCACGAGGAGUUUCAUCGUGGGCGUUUCGACGGGCCCAUCGUUCGGGAUCAGGUGGAGUACUGGCAGCGUUGGAUGCCCUGCAACAUGCGGGACAGCGGCUUCCUGCUGCAGCGCAGCAGAUCGAAGGAGGAGGACGGGCAAGAGGUCAGAGGGUUCUUGAGUCUAGGGUACGACAAGUGGAAAGACCUAUUCUUCCUCGCGGAUUUCUUCGUCGGGUCGGAGGAGCUGACAUCUGACGGAGGGUGUCACGCGCUCUUGACGCUGAUCGCGCACGCGCUUGCUGAGCAAGGGGUGGAGGAAGCGACUGUUAGGAUUCCAGCGAGCGUUGCAGCGACGAUGCCGCAGCUGUCAAGGGGGGAUGGCGCGUGCAAGGUGGUGGAGGGUGAAGCAGACCUGGGUACCAUGUACCGAGCGAAAGAUGGUUGCUGCCUUGACGUCUUGCUGCAAGAGUCAAGACAUCUCACAUGGCCGGUAGACAGCUUCUAG